GCCAAAGCGGGUUGGGCCACAGGGUUGUGUGGAUGUGUGUGUGCAGGGGGCUGUUAUUACCUUCCUAUCAUGGUGUCAGAUAACAGCUUCUGCAGACAGAGGAGUAAAACACAGAUAAAGAGAGCUCAACUGAGGACACACUCUCUUCCAGUCUUCCUUCUGCAGAUAUCCAUGACCUCUUUUUCAUUAAAAAGAUCCUAUUUUACAUCCUUUCUUCUACUUGACAGAGAUUUGUUUAAACAUUCCUCUUUUACCUUUUCCCUAUGUAUGGAUACCUACUCGAUCCUCUACAGUUCCUCCCACAGAACCGGACUCCUCUCUGGUUUCCAACGUUUGCGGGAUGAGAAAAAAAUGUGCGAUGUCGUCCUGGAAGCAGGUGGUGUUUCCUUCCCAUGUCAUCGCACUCUGUUGGCCAGCUCCAGUGACUACUUCUGGGCCCUUUUUGGAGAGACAACCGCAGAGAGAUCAGCAGACUCUAUCAGCCUCCCGGCACUGAUACCUGAGGGUUUAGAAGCCAUUUUGGAUUUCUUGUACUCAGGGUGGUUGAGGAUUUCUUCCUCUACGCUUCCUAUUGUUGUGGAAGCAGCUCGGUACCUCCAAGUGGAAGCAGCCUUGUCGAUAUGCGAGCAAUUUAUGGUGGAUGACUUAACCGCUGAGAACUGCUGCUACUAUGCUAAUCUGGCUGAGCAACACUUCCUCUUGAAUGGAUUUGAGUCUGCAAAUCAAACCAUUGCCAAGAAAAUGGUGGCUCUGCUACAGAAAAGAAGGGCUGAUCUCCUUGGGUUGAACUUUCCAUCGCUGAUGGCGGUGCUCGAUACAGAUGAGAUACCUGGGGUCAAGGAGGUGGACCUUAUAAAGCUUUCCCUAGACUGGUUGGGUGAGAAUGGGCCCCUCCCACUCCUAAAAUCAAACCUACUGCUGAGUCGUCUACGCUUCGGAUUGGUUGCGCCUUCUGACCUUUCUGAACUUAGCCACGGAAACAGGGCUAUGGCCACUCCACUCAUCAGAAGUCAGAUGACUCGGGCCCUCGAGUACCACCAUAUGGGUUCGGCUCAGCCAAUAGGGCAGAGCAGGCAGUCAACCCUCAGAGGAUCACCUAAUCGUGUGCUUCUUGUUGGUGGUGGGGCUAGCACUGAUUUGCCAGAACAGCAGAUGUUGGCGUUCAACUCCAGUAGCAGGACGUUUUCAUUGCCAGGUUUUGUUCUACCUCUGAGACUCAGAAAUCCCUGCGUUUGUUCAGUGGGAGGUUUUUUGUUCGUGAUCGGGGGUGAAGAGGGAAAAAAUGGUGAUGAUAAGGAGAAGAAGUCUGUCACUGUGUUAACAUCAAGCCAGGUCUGGAGGUACGAUCCACGCUUCAACCAUUGGGAAAAGAUGGAGUCCAUGCUUGAGAAGCGGGUACAGUUCACUUGCUGCGUGGUGGAGAACGUCAUUUAUGCCAUUGGUGGACGACACUCACAGCCGGACUCCAAUACGUAUACUUCUGUAGCUUCUGUUGAGUAUUACAACAUGGCUUCAGGAGCAUGGAGGAGAGCUGCAGCAAUGCCUUCCCCUCUUCAUGGCCACGCUUCUACUGUGCUUGACAAAAGCAUUUACGUGUCAGGAGGACACCCUGCCCACCAGGGCAGCAUCCAUGGCAGUAACCAGGAUGUAAACAGGGAAAUAAGUAGGGAAUGCCUCUCCUGGGACAUAAAGGGCAGAGUCUGGGAAAAGAGGGCAUCCAUGUCCAUCCCAAGGUUUGGUCAUAGAUUGGCUACUGCCCAUGGCUACAUUUACGCCCUGCUCGGGAUGUAUGAACCUUUUUGUGAUAUCGAACGAUACGAUCCAGAGUCGAACCACUGGACUCGCCUCAAACCACUUGCAAACGGCUUGUUCAACUAUGGAAUACUAUCCAUGGCAUGUGGGAAUCUGCUGGUAUUCGGUGGGACAAGGUGGAGCGAUGGACAACAGGUGACUGUAAGGAGUGUGCUGGAGUAUGACACAAAGAAAGAUCGCUGGAGAGAAAUCGCCAAGCUUCCAAGACCUCUGACUGGGACUGAGUGCACUCUGCUGCCUCUGCCAGACUAGUAGACCCAAAUUAAAAUGUAUGUAAAAAGAUACACUUACCGUUGAACACAUUCAAGUGUCAUGAAGAAAAAGAAAAAAAAACAGUGCUGUACUACUGAAAGCUUCAAGGCCAGUAGUAGAAAUGAGUAAUAAGAUGAGAUUUUAAUCAACCUUAACACCUUUACUUUCCACCUUAAAAUGAUUUUUUCUAUGAUUUUGAUGAGGACAUACUUAUAUUCCCUAACUUAUAUUUUGUCAUUUAGCUUUUUUUUUUGCUAAAUACAUACAUACAGCACUAUUACGCUGGAAAUAGUGCUUACUUUUACCUGGUUUUUAUUUUUAUUUUAACAAUUUGUUGUAUGAUUUAAUUUAGGGGAAUAAUACAAUAACCGUUGCUCGUGCUAGCUGAGCUAAAUAUGAGGAUCAGAACCAAGGAUUACCUUACUACCUUACUAUAAAAACACUUAAUUAUUUGUAAAACCAUUCAUUUUUGUGAAAUUUAUAGAUCAAUUUAUUUUAUAGUGCCCUGAAAAUGUAUUUUCCAUAUUACAGAUUUCUUCUAUUCCUCUUGCU